AGAUCAUGGAGCAUGAUGAUGAACUGAAUGAUCUGCGGCUUCAGUUUCAAGCGCUACAAAAACAGCAGGAGAAAAGAAAACUGGAUAGGAAAAAGGAGAAAGUACCAAAUAGGCUUAAUAAUGGUGUUACCCAGGAUGAUUUGGAUCUGUCUAAGAAAGGUAUUUUGGCAGACAAUCUUGAAGACAGACUGCUACAGAAUGACAAUCAAAAUUUGAUGGACCAGCUGAGGGAGCUUAAGGAUGAAAAUGGUCGGCUCUUCAAACUUCUAAGUGAAAAGGAUUUUGAAAUUCAACACCUGAAAAAGAAAAGAGAAGGAGAACUACUGUUUUUAACAGGCACAUCUGGUUUGGCAGGAGAUAUAGCAGCCACCAAGAUUGUUGAGCUGUCCAAGAAAAAUAGAGAGCUGACUGCUGAAAUUGAGCGAGAAAAGAGUAAAUUCAAGCAAAACAGCAACAAAAUCAAAGAGCUUGAGAAAGAGCUGCAGGCCGCUUUGGUGCACUCUCUACCUGGGCAAAAGGUAGACACAAAGUCACAAGACAAGAGGUCAUCUGAAGACUGUGAGCAGGAAAAUCCUGUGGUGAAAUCACUGCAGGAAAAAUUUGCUGCUGCCCAGCUGAAAGUGAUUGAGUAUCGCAAUCAGGUUCAAGCCGUCAAACAGGAGUUGAAAGUAGCUCAGAAGGUUUUGAUCAGUGAGGUUGGAGAGGAGGUCAACCUUCAGCAAUUACUAAGCUGCCCUGGGAGCUUUAGAGGUCGCUCUCAGCAGAUACUGGCUCUUCAGACUAGGGUGAGAGACCUUGAGCAGCAGUUGAAGCAGUCAACACAGCGAAGACAACCAAAUGUCCUGAGUAUAGAGGAAGAGUUUCUGGGCAUGGGGGUCCUUCAAAAAAAACCUCCUGAAAACAGGAACCUCGGCCACAUCCGCACCAUUGAGAAGGAGAAGAGGGAAGCGUUAGAGAGGAUCUCAGUGGACCAUGAGGCCCUCCUGAAAGACCACGAGGAUGUGAAGAAAAAGCUGGAAGCCUCUAAAGCCAGGAACAAAUCUCUGUCCACAGAAAUGAAAACUCUGAAGGUGCAGAUCUCCACCCUCCUGAAGAAGGGCAAACAUGACGAUGAGCUUGUCGAUGCUCUGCUGAAGCAGCAAACCCGGAUGCAGGAGAUGCUGAGACAGCUCAGCCAACAGCAAAACCUACAGAGCAAGGAGAUCCAGCAGAGCCCAAGACAAAAGCUUAGCAGUGAGCCUUCAGAGCACAACACUCUCAUCCAGAAUCUUAAGCAGAUAGUUGCUAAGAGAGAGGCAAAGAUCAAAGAACUACAGGAGAAAAUCCAGCAGCUCUCUAUCAAGGAAGAGGGCAUGGAAAGACCGAAGUCCAGCCUCAAGACAACAAUUUGCAGUUCAGGAUUUCCCCCUGAAGAGGGAGACAUUAACAAGCGAAUAACAUCUUCAGGAUCAGUUUCUAAAUUUGGUCAUAAAUUGGUGCUGCCUGCGGUGGGAAAUAAUAUAGAAUUCAAGGGUCCAAGUUCUUCAAAAUGUCCACAGUGUUCAGCUGAUUUGAGCACAUUGAUCACUAAGUGUAGUGAAUAUAAAAUUAUCUGCACAGAGAAGGACAGACUCCUUGAGCUGGUUAAUGUCCUACAGACAAGAGAGAAAGAGACAAACCAGAUGUUUUUGGAGGCAGAACAGAAGUACCUGGAGGAGCGCCACCGGAUAGUAAUCCUGGAGCAGCAGCUGGAGAGGUCAAAAUUAGAUUCAAAAAGCAGCAUCCCUCAGUACCAGGGUGGCAGGAGUCUCUGAGCAGCAGGGACUGUCCACAGACACGCUGAGUAAACUGUACAAUGAGUCCAUUGUUAUUUGUAAACAUUUUAUUUCUAACUUUGACAACACUGUAGUUGUCUUGAGCUUGGUUCUGGGGAAAAAAUAUAUUUUUACACCAGAUGACAGAAAUAAUGAUGCAUGGCAAUGGACACACUGCCUAUGGACAGUGUCCAUUCUAACACUCAUGUUUGGGCUACACAGAGAUGUUCAUGUUGCUCUUGUCAUGGAUGUUGUCUCCUGGCUGGUCAUUUAGCUGGAGGAAACGGAGGCGCUGAGGGCACAGCUAAAGAGCACUCUCCACCAUGACCUACAGUUCUGCAGUGACGUGAUGAGACAAGUCAAGCAUGUUUUCCUGCAGGCUCUGUGACAGCCCAGACAAGACACUAACCAGGGGACUGGCUGGUCCCUGCUAAGCCUCACGUCCAGCUGAGCCCUACCCUCUCCUGUCACACGUAACAAACAGCAGCCUGCAGGAAACCGGCUCUCCUUACAAGAUCAUACGGAUCUCCGUGUUUUUCUCCCAUUUGAACUCUCAAAGACGUGAUGGGAUGGUUCCUUUGUGCAUUCGAUUACCUCGGUUUAACCAGUUGACCUUGGGUUGCAGAGCUUUCAACCCUGACAAAUGUUCCUACUGAUUGCAAAAAUGUUGCUGAUAGGAUGUCUCCCCAUAGUUUUAUAUUUUGUCUGUGUGCUAUUUUAUAAAUGUCACUAUAGAUGUAUUUUACUCCACUGGCAGCCUGAAGUGCAUUACAUGUAUACAGAGCUGUUUUUAAAGUAUAUUUGUAAACUAAUGAAACAUCCAGUUUAAUCAAUAAAAAGGGACAAAAUCUUCUUCUAAAUCUAAAUCUUCUAAAUAUAUUGUUUUACGUUCAUGGCCGUGACCCUCCUAGACUUUUUAAAAAGUGUUUUUUGGCUCCAGAUAGUUGUACAUAAACGUGAGACAGGCCAAUCCAAAUAGUCAACACCCCAGUUAAGUUCCCAAAAACUUCAAUAUUCCUUUUAAAUUUUACUGCUAAUUACUUCUGACUCGAAACCAGCUGUGUGGGAAUAGUGGUUGAAAAUGAAUGCGGACUCAAGCUGCACGAACUCCCACUGUAGUCCUUUAUACUCUCCCCAGAGCAUGUCACAUGUAUGUAGAUCUUAGCUUCUUAAUCCAAAGGUUGUCUGGAUGUGCGUGGCCUGGUGGGAGUGGCCUUUACAUUCAUACUAACAUCCGAGUUAUUUUCUUCCGAUGUAGCCAAAAGGAUUUCAGCAGAGCUCCCCCUCCUUCUCCCCUCCCUCCACAUCACGCUUAAUUUAAAACCAUGGCUGAGUUAGUGUGCUGCUUCAAAUACCGCACUAUUUCUUCCAGGACCCUGUGGGAGAUUGGCAGGUCCCCAUUGGACUGAGCGAGAAAGUGCCACAAGACAAAAAUAUCAGUUUGGACAGGAUACAGAAAGCCUUUAUGCUCAGAGUAACAAAAAACAACUUGUAUUGAAUACCUCCUGGAUAUAAGGUGAGGCUCCCUUUAAUGUAUUAGAAUGAGUGGUGUCAUUGGAGGAACAGAUGAGAUGAUUAGAUGAGCCGGAUGACUACAGGCCCUGCGGCAUUGACAGACACGAAUCAAAUGUAGUAAUGUGCGUCAAAAAGGGUGUUGAUGAAGCAAAUACUUGUCAUGGUCCCUAACUGCAUCCGAUUCCAGGGAAAAUGUUUAAUUUAGUAAAUUUUUGUUUGGUUGUAUUUUUUAUUUUUUUUAAUCUGCCAUAACAACUUAAUAUAAAAAUGGAGUCCAUGUUUGUGAGCAUUUACAAUAUUUUCCGAAACAUGUAAUCUAAAGCUCUUAUUUCAUGUGACAGUUGAUUUUGAUUUUAAAUAAAGCUUAUUGCUGUUGAAUACUCA